AUGGCUGUGAUUGGGUUCCAAGUGGAAGGAAAACUCGCACCCGCUUAUCAGAACACUGAUGAAAUGCAAACUGUGAUAGGAUUCGCCCCACUUUACCUAGAAGCGGGUCAUUUGGAUGUUAGUUACGGAGACGUCCGACCAUCGGAGAAAAGCGUUUGCGAACGUGGGAAUUCGACAAAUUCGGCAUUCGUCGUUUCACAGUUCGAAGAAAGACCUGCUCGCCAUUCGAGCUCUGAGUGGCGAACGCCGUGGUCAACUGCAGCGAUGAUGUUGCUGUGCAAGAUCGGCCGAUGCGUUGACUGGGUAGUCGUACGAGGCCGCUGGACCAUUAUUUCUCUCAUGAGUACGGAUCCCUCGAGUGAAAGUUUUUGUGAAAUGAGAGACAACAUCGCUAAUCGAAAUCCUGGUAAUGAUGGACCAUAUGCUGAUUUUGGCCUGAAGCUGUUGAGGUGUCUGUUAUCGAGAGAUGAACGUGUGGGUUAUCCUAAACGUUAUUAUUUAUUUCAUACGGUAUCCCAUCUCAAUCAUGUAGUUUUGCCGGAUGAAUUGAGGUGUUCUGGGAAGCACAGCCACUGUGACCGGUUUAAACUCGAUGAUCAAGUGCAACACAAAUACGACCCCGCGCGGGAACACUUGCCUAGGGCUCAGAAGGCAAAUGUUCUCGGACACAGCAUAGGUGCAUACAUGAUGCUUAGACUACUUCCAUAUAUGAAGGACGACUUCAACGUGAAGAAUGCCAUGGGGCUGUUUCCCACUGUUGAAAAAAUGGCUGAGUCUCCGAACGGCGUGCGCCUUGAACGAGUCCUUGCACAUGAUUAA